AUGUCGAAGACGUGGGAGCUUACGAGCAGCACCAAAUCGAUGUAUGACUAUUUUUCUGACCACAACCCUGGGAGGAUCUAUGCCACGGGGGAUGGCAGCGCCAGCGACACCCACAUCGCAUCGGACAUGCCGUCAUCUUUCAGUGGGGAUGGCACGCCGGGGGACCCGAUCUUUGGCGCCGAUGGUGGCUUGGUGUUCAACUGGUGGUAUUCGAACAAUGGAGCUCGGGUUGCUGUUCCUGGUGGCUACAAGACCCCAUACUCUCUUCCGGGAACCGGGGAGAACAACGACGACCUCCACGGUCUGGGCAACGAGUUCGGUGCUAACACUCAAGCUGGUGGAGGGAGUGGCAGCUGGUGGCACGACGCUGCCAAAAUCAUGGGGGACUGCCACGGCACUUCCUGCCAGGUGCUUGGCAGCGACCACGGAAGUGCGUGGGGGAGCACGGACUUUGGCUGCUUGGGCAGCUACGCCAUCUACGUGUCUGCUGCUCUGUCCACUUUCCCCUGCCAGGGCUCGACGCUGUCGGCGCAGGUGUCGGGGGCGGCAGCGGGCGGAGCGGGGGGCGCGGCUGCCGUUGGCGAUCCCCACCUGCGGAACGUUCACGGUGAGCGCUUCGACUUGAUGAAGCCGGGCAAGCAUGUUCUGAUCAACAUCCCCCGUGGAGCGGGCGCUGAACGUGCCUUGCUUCGCGUGCAGGCCGACGCGCGCCAGUUGGGCGGACAGUGCGCGGAUAUGUACUUUCAGGAGCUGAACGUGACGGGGUCGUGGGCGGAGGCGAAACAAGCUGGAGGGUAUCAUUUCAGCGUGUCGCAAGGUGGCGACGUCGCGACUCCAGAAUGGGUUGCUUUCGGUAAGGUCGUGCUCAAAGUCGUUCAUGGGCGCACGGACAGUGGUCUGUCGUACUUGAACGUGUACGUGAAGCAUUUAGGGCGAGCAGGAUUUGCCGUGGGAGGUCUUCUGGGUGAAGACGACCACACGGGCGUAGUCACCCCUCCAGAGGCAUGUGCCAACCGCUUGGCCCUGGUUGACAGUGCGGAGGGGGGCCAAACAGCUCCCUCAGUGCUCUCAGUCGCAGAGGCAAGCCUCGCUUGA